CCGUUUUGUGUGACGCUUUAAGAACAGAGUCUGCGCAAUGAGAGCCCGAGAAUUGCGGUUGGUAUGCGUUGAAAUUCAACCAGAGAAAUUUAGGUAAUCAUUCUUCCUGUGAAUAAAGCACGGACACAGGACAUAAGACUGGAACUCGAACGCGGACUGAGGGGGGAAUUUGGGGACAGUCAUGGCGGGGCUUGGAGUGAAGAGGAGGAAAGCGGGGCUCCCUGGUUUUUGCUGGAAAACCUGCUACUUUCAUAUUUUAUUCUGGGUUGUCUCGGUCUGUGGUGAAGAGAAGACGUUCAUUGUUGAGACAUGGCUGAAGAACUAUGGCUACCUGCUCCCCCAUGACAUCCGGACAUCGGACCUGCGGUCAGAGAAAGCCAUGCAAUCGGCAGUCGCUGCUAUGCAGCGAUUCUAUGGCAUCCCAGUGACUGGAAUCCUGGAUCAGACCACCAUAGAGUGGAUGAGGAAACCUCGAUGUGGCGUUCCUGACCACCCCCACAUCAGCCGGCGGAGGCGGAAUAAACGCUACGCCCUGACGGGACAGAAAUGGAGAGACAGAAAGAUCUCUUACAGCAUACACAACUUUACCCCUAAAGUGGGGGAGAAAGACACGCAGAGAGCCAUACGGCAGGCCUUUGACGUGUGGCAGACGGUGACCCCACUGACUUUCCAGGAGGUGGCCUACUCCGAGAUCAAGAACGAGGGGAAGGAGGCCGACAUCAUGAUCUUUUUCGCCUCUGGAUUCCAUGGUGAUAGCUCUCCCUUUGACGGAGAGGGGGGGUUCCUGGCCCACGCCUACUUCCCGGGCCCUGGGAUCGGAGGGGACACUCACUUUGAUUCGGACGAGCCCUGGACACUAGGCAACGCUAAUCAUGAUGGUAAUGACCUUUUCUUGGUGGCGGUACAUGAGCUUGGGCAUGCCUUGGGACUGGAGCAUUCGAAUGACCCCAGUGCCAUAAUGGCUCCCUUCUACCAAUACAUGGAGACACACAACUUCAAACUGCCCCUCGAUGACCUCCAGGGUAUCCAGAAAAUAUACGGUGUCCCUACAGCCAUGCUGGAGCCUACACGACCACUGCCCACCUUGCCCGCUCGCCGGACCCACCCCACCUCAGAGAGGAAACAUGACCGUCAGUCCCGCCCGCCACGUCCGCCCUCCGGUGACAGGCCCUAUUUCCCCACUGGCAAACCCAACAUCUGUGAUGGCAACUUCAACACCGUGGCCUUCUUCAGACGCGAGAUGUUUGUCUUCAAGGACCGAUGGUUCUGGCGACUGCGGAACAACGAGGUGCAGGAGGGCUACCCGAUGCAGAUUGAGCAGUUCUGGAAAGGUCUACCGCCCCGUAUCGACGCCGCCUACGAGAGAUCGGACGGCAAAUUUGUAUUCUUUAAGGGUGACAAGUACUGGGUAUUCAAAGAGGUGACUGCUGAGCCCGGGUACCCCCAGAGUCUGGUGGAGCUGGGUAACUGUCUCCCUAAGGACGGCAUUGACACAGCACUGCGCUGGGAGCCCGUGGGCAAAACCUACUUCUUCAAAGGGGACCAGUACUGGCGCUACAACGAGGAGAAACGCAUGGCCGACCCGGGCUACCCCAAACCCAUCACUGUGUGGAAGGGCAUCCCCGAGGCGCCGCAGGGAGCCUUCGUCAGCAGGGAGGGCUUUUAUACCUAUUUCUACAAAGGGAAGGACUACUGGAAGUUUGACAACCAGAAGCUGACCGUUGAGCCCGGCUACCCCAAGUCUAUUGUCAAUGACUGGAUGGGCUGCCACCAAUCAGACAUGGAGAAGAACAAGGACCGGCAGCUUCCCCACGAUGACGUGGACAUCAUGGUGACCAUCAAUGACGUGCACAGCACUGUCAACGCCAUCGCUGUGGUGAUUCCCUGCAUCCUGUCCCUGUGCAUCCUGGUCCUGGUCUAUACCAUCUUCCAGUUCAAAAACAAAGGGGUGCAACAGAACGCCACCUUCUACAAACAUCCGGUCCAGGAGUGGGUAUGACAGGCUUAGGCAGCGCGCCGCCACUUACGAUACGAAACUGCGCUGAGAGGGCUACAAAAACUCUGAGCACCAUGUGACAGGGUGCCUGUCUUGCACAAACCCUUUGCGAGAAGGGAAGGAGGGGAAUUAAGUUACUCCCUUUCAUCCACUGUCAAGGACCUCUAGAUGAACAUCGCCAAAAUUGAGUAUGUUGAAUAUUAGCAUGAGGCGAUUCAUAGGACGCUGGGAGGCUUUGAGGGUAAGGACAGAGCACAGCAAAUCCGAUUGCUCUGCCUUUUGCGCCUCGUCUAUCUGUUGUCCAUUCUUAUCUGGCUGUUUCAGUGGGGGUUGUCACACAUACUUUACCUCGAUGGGACUCCCAUACACUUUUUCUCAGGGGGAGAGAGAGGGGGAGCCUACCCUCACAUAGCCAGGUACCAGUAAUCUGUCUGAGUCCAGUAUCAACUUGUACAUGAACUUCAAGUAUUAUCAAGUCAAACAAGAUAUUUAAAGAAAAAAUUUAAACUUGAACAAAAAAAUGUAGUAGAAAGGCCAUAGAAAAGAAUACCAAGGAUUUUUGUGGAUCAUUUAAUAUUUUCAGUUCGAGAGCUUGGAGUUAACAAGAGGAGAAACUUUGUACAUCGCAAAUGAUAAAUGUCUUCAUAGCCAGACCUCUGCCUCUAGCGAUGGACUCACCUAAGCUAGAGGACUGAGACUAUAAGUAUGUCUGCUGAAGGACCGCCGCUAUACCAACAUCCCCCAGCACAGACUCCCUGCUCCUCUGCCUGGACCAAGGGGCGUAGGGGAGAGUGAGUUAGCAUUUAAAGACAUUGGUCACAGUUAUCUUUCUUAGAAUUAUACUUAGUUUUAUUUAUCUUUUACAUGCCCCAAGGUGUAGAGGAGUACCUAUGCCCGUUUCCAUAGGCUAAGCACGUCAGACCAACAUUGACUAGGCACAAUGAACUGCUGUUGAGGCAGCCUGAAUUCCACUCCAUACCCCUCUUCAUUCCUCCUUAUUUCUCUCACUUUCUCUCUUCCUCCAACUGUGUCGCUCUCUCUUUAUAUACAGUGCCCUCCGUAAUGAUUGGGAAAAUGAAGCUUCUUCUUUUGUCUCCUCUUUACUCCAAAAGUUUGGAUUUGAAAUCAAACCAUGACUGAGGUUAAAGUGCAGACUGACAACUUUAAUUUGAGGGUGUUUUCAAUCAUAUCGGGUGAACGGUUAAGAACUUACAGCACUUUGUGUACGUAUUCCCCCCAUUUUAGGGCACCAAAAGUAUUGGGACAAAUUCAUGUGUAUUAAAGUAGUAAAAAGUUAAGUAUUUGGUCCCAUAUUCAUUACAUGCAAUGUAGAGAAUCUUUCCUGUACAGUAGGAAAUGCAAACUUAGUUUAUUUGAGGUUUUAAAAAGGCCUCUAAAGUUUGUAAUUUCCAGAAACAUCUACAAAAAUGUCCUUUAAUUAUAAUCCACAUAAUUCACAUUUCCCAUUGCUGCAAGAUUAUUAGCCUGCUGUAGCAAACUUAAGAUCCAAGAUUAAGAUCUGUAUAGUCCUUGAUACUGUAUUUUCUGACCCCAAGCUUGUGACUCUACACAUUUGUUGGAUGCAUUUGCUGUUUCUUUUUAUUGUAAAUAAGAAUAGAAUAUGUUUCUAGAAAGUUACAACGCACAAAUAUCAUACCCUCCCUAAAAAAAUGCUAACUCCCCUGUUAUUCUAAUGGUGAGAGGUUAGCAUGGCUUGGGGGGUAUGAUAUUUGUGCAUCUGUAACUUUCUCGCUUUUCAUUAUUCACGAUUCAUACCCUCAAAUUAAAGAUGACAGUCUGCACUUUAACCUCAUAGUCAUUGUUUGAUUUCAAAUCCAAACUUUUGGAGUAUAGAGACAAAAAAUGUAAAUGCUUCACUGUCCCAAUCAUUGCGGAGGGCACUGUAUCUAACACCCUACAUUUCAUUGAAAUGCUGUCCUCAUGAUCUAAUUUACAGUUUUGUUUUUAACCUCGUUUUCAAUAGGAAAGAUGUUCAAUGGGAAAGUGAAGUUUAAAAGAAAGAUCCAGGUAGAGUCUUUCUGCACUGGGGUGCAUUGGUACACUGGGGUAAUUACCAUACUUUGUCUAUCUCUGUAGGGCAGGUCAGGAUUUCCUGAGUUCAGCUGUUUCUUACCCUGAUAAAAACAAAUACACAGAUGACCCAUGAUAAAAGCAAAGUUAUUUCAUAUGUUUAAUUCAUUUCCCUGUAUUUCUAUUCACUACUUUUGCUACAGUAGAGAAUUAUCAUGUAUUCAUCUCACCCAGAUAAUAAUGUCAAUGCAGUUGCCAGGACUGAAACCAGAGAAUCUUUCCUGUACAGUAGGAAAUGCAAACUUAGUUUAUUUGAGGUUUUAAAAAGGCCUCUAAAGUUUGUAAUUUCCAGAAACAUCUACAAAAAUGUCCUUUAAUUAUAAUCCACAUAAUUCACAUUUCCCAUUGCUGUAAGAUUAUUAGCCUGCUGUAGCAAACUGGCUCAAAUUAAGAUCCAAGAUUAAGAUCUGUAUAGUCCUUGAUACUGUAUUUUCUGACCCCAACGGGGUUUGGUACCACACAUCAAACAUGUAGUCUUUAGAUUUUUUUAUUGACUUUUAAAAGUUUUUUUUAUUUGCUUUAUUUGUACUUUUAUUUGCUGUUGAAAUGAUGUAUUAUCAUUAGCGAAUAUCCCGCUCUGGUUGUAUGUAUCCUAUCGAGCUAGUAAAUGUAUAUACAUUUUUUGCAAUCACAAAUAUGAGGAAUCGGUUGAAAGGAGACUUGACUUUGCCAUUUUGUCAUUGCAUUGGCAAUCUGUCAAAUUGUUCAUUGUUGUUAAAAAGUUUUGCUUAUUUAAAUGAUGAAACAUGA